AGUAGAAAAACAAAGCCAGAACAGAGCAGUUGGCAGUAAAACAAGUAUUGUGUAUAUUUGCAACCGGGCCUAGACGGGUAAAAAGUACCUACUUAUCAGCUAAAGAGAAUUAUGGCCUACAAAUGGGUGCAGUCGUCUGCCUAUUCCUCCAUACCGCCAAAUGCCGUAGUCGGUGGCAAUGAUGAGGAUGGGGCCAUGAUUUAUGUGGGACGAGCCGAGCAGGACGGCGACAUGCAUGUCUGCAAAGUGGUUCCAUCGAAGCAGAUCGGCUUCAUAUCGACGCGUGGCGAGGCGCUGCCGAAGGAUAUUUUCGAAGUUCUGUGCGGCCAGAAUUUGGCUUGGGUGAAGUGCUACGACCACGUUAUUCCCGAAACGGCCGUGCUCUGCGGUCGCACUACGCUCGACCAGCCCGUCUACAUAGGGCGGGGGCAUUACGAGGGACACUUGAUCGUUGGCAAAAUAUCAUCGGUACAUCGUGCCCUUUUUAUAGCCUAUCGUGGAGCGGAACGUCGCUUGGACUCUUAUGAAAUUUUAGUGGAGGAACGACGAGUGGUGCCUGGCUGGCAGUUACCGCCACCAGAGGAGGCGGAGAAGUGUCCGCUCACACCACCACCGCCACCGUCACCUCCCGCACCAGUAUCGGAGAAACCAUAUCGGUUUCCCUAUCCCAUAAAUGUGGCAAUGCCGUUUCCCAAUCAGGAGCCACCGCCCAUGUAUACACCCACAGCUGCCCCAACAUAUCCUCCAGAACCUGUUAUACCUCAGCCGAUCGUUGUUGCUGCUGCCUCACCUCUAAUGUCAACCGAUCCUCUACCUCCACCGCCCCUCAGACAAGUCUACACACCUGCAGAAACUGGCGGCUAUGUACCUGCAUCGUCCUAUAUUCCCGCUUCUUCAACGUUUACGCCGGCUGAUAGCUACAAGCCACCACUGGAUCCAUAUGGCCCAGGCUGUUCUUCCUACGUACCGGCUGAAUGCGUUCCAACUACAACACAGUAUGCUGUUUCGGUGGCGCCUCCCGCAGACGGCUAUGACAUGUGGGUUACCGCCUCCCCCGGUUACACUCCCGCAGACGCGGUAGUCGCCGGCCAUGACGCGGAUAUGUCACAGCUACUAGUUUGUCGCGCCUACUACGAUGGAUUCCAUGUGCCAGGAAAAGCGGUGCCCAGUCGGGGCUGCGCCUACAUUUCCCAUGCUGGCCGGGAAAUUGUCCAAACACACUAUGAAGUGCUCAUUGGUCAGAGCAAAUACCGCUGGGUGUCCGGCUACGACGGCAGCAUUCCUCUGGGUGCGGUUGAAGCGGGUCGCAAUGCAAACGGCGAGAUCCUGUACAUAGGCCGUGCUCUAUAUUGCGGCACCCUGACGCCCGGAAAAGUGCAUCCCUCCCAUAAGUGUUUGUACAUUCCGUUCGGCGGCACAGAACACCGUAUUAUCAACUAUGAGGUUCUGGUACGCAAGAAUUUCUACCAGCAACAAGCCAUAUAUCUGACUUAUUAAGGACAUUAAGGCAUACGAAAUGUUUCCCUGUAAACCAAAGACGAUUAACCUAAACAUUCAUAUAUAUACUUAUUAUUUAUAUACACAAUAAAUAAAUAAAUAAAAAACAGCUUAA